AUGGCUCGAAUGAUGAGGCUGCAUGUCGGCCUCGUGACCGGUUUACUGGCCUUGUCCGGUCUCACUGACGCCUUCUGGCGUCUUCCCUGCCGUGGACGGACUGGUCUUGCCAGAAUUGACCCUCUCAUGGAUCCUGGCAAGCCUUCGUCCCACGUGCAUGCAGUUCAUGGUUCUGGCGGCUUUUCUAUGUCGGCUAGCGGGGCUGACCUGAAAGCGUCCAGCUGUACCUCGUGCGCCGUCACUCAGGACAAGUCCGCGUACUGGAUUCCAGCGCUCUACUUUAUGCAUGAGAAUGGCGAUGCUGAAAUCGUCAAUCAGGUUGGAGGCAUGCUCGCUUAUUACCUGCUUUACGGAGAGAACGUGACCGCGUUCCCGGACAACUUCCGCAUGAUUGCUGGCGACACAUACCUGCGCGACUUUCCCUGGCCGAUCCCUGACCCUCCCAAGUCGGAAUGGACAGGCAAGCAAGCAUCGCAGGAGGCUCUUCGGCAGAAGGCGAUCGGUUUCAACUGUCUGAACUACGCUCUAGAUCCCGAACCUUCGCUUGGCCGCCAUUUCCUUCCCAACAAGACGUAUCUGGACGAACACUGCACCGACGGUGUCCGGUUCGAGUUGAUGUUCCCUUCGUGCUGGAACGGCAAGGAUGUCGACUCGGAUGAUCACAAGUCACACGUGGCCUAUCCCUCGCUGGUUAUGGACGGGACAUGUCCCGAGGGCUUCGAGACACGUCUCGUUUCUCUCUUCUACGAGAGCAUCUGGGAUACAUAUGCGUUCAAGGACAAGGAAGGCUACUUCGUUAUCGCCAACGGCGACCCUACAGGAUACGGUUAUCAUGGCGAUUUCAUGCAGGGCUGGGAAUCGGGGGUCCUGCAGCAGGCAGUGGAGCAGUGCACCAAUCCUUCGGGUGAGGUUGAGGACUGUGCUGUUUUCAAUAUUCAAAGCGAGGACCAGCAACAACAGUGCACAUUCGAUAUGCCCCCCGCCUUGAAGCACGAAAAGGUGACCUUGACUAGCGGCGGUCUUCCCAACCACCUCGCAGUCCAGUGGGGGCCCGCCUAUGCCAGCGAUGUUUCCGCUUCCGUCAGCUCCGUGGUGUCCAGCGCGCUCAGUGCAGCCACUCACGCGGUUGCCUCGGCCUCUGCGGAAUUGUCGCUCCAUGUCAGCGCAUUUGGGAACAAUCUGCAAAUCAGCAAGCCGACCUCGACCUGGACACCGACUCCAACCACGUCCUAUGUUGAGAGUGCCGUCACUCAAGCGGUUGUGUAUGUCGAGCAGGAGAUUAUCGUCUGGGUUGACGGCCAGAAAAACAUCCUUGGGACCGGUACUGGUAGCCUAGAGACGUUGUCAACCACCACACGCACCACCACCCGUGUCGUCUCGACUGUUGUCACUGUUCCCACGGACACACCAGUGAAGAGAGAAGAGCAUGUUCACCACGUCCACAAGCGUCAUGGCCACGGCCACCUUCACCAAAGGAGCUAG